UCCCAGAUCCCCAACCAUUUGGCAAACUUAGUUCUAAAACCUUUUUCAACCAAGAAUAUCCAAGUUAUUAUGGAUUUUGAUUUCCUCUUCCCUUACCUAAACAGUAACAUUGCAGGAGUCUUUGCCAUAUUAAUCUUCUCUUUUUUCCUGGUAAUUACUUGGUCUAGAAAGUCUUUGAACGCUCAAAUCCCACCAGAAGCUGUCGGUGGAUGGCCUUUAAUAGGCCAUCUCCAUGUAUUAGCAGGAUCCAAGCUUCCAUACUUAGCACUGUCAGACUUAGCCGACAAGCAUGGACCAAUAUUUUCCAUCCGGAUCGGCUUGUACCCUGCCGUGGUGGUCAGUAGUUCGGAGUUGGCCAAGGAAAUAUUUACCAACUAUGACGUAGCAGUGUCUUCCCGGCCUAAACUUACCUGCGGGAAACAUAUGGGCCAUAACUAUGCCAACUAUGGUUUCUGCCCUUAUAAUGCAUACUGGCGUGAAAUGCGCAAAUUAACAGCCUCAGAGCUUUUAUCAAACCGGAGACUUGAGCUUUUGAAAUACAUUAGAGCCUCUGAAGUGGAAAGCUCAGUGAAAGAGCUGUACAAGCUAUGGGCCAAGCAAAAAGUUGAGUCAACUCAUGUUUUGGUUGAAAUGAAGAAAUGGGUGGGGGACUUGAAUCUGAACGUGAUUCUUCGGAUGAUAGCGGGCAAGAGGUUUUUUGGGGCUGUCAAGGCUAGCGAUGAACAAGAGGCAAGGCGAUGCAGGAAGGCCAUGAGGGAGUUCUUUUAUUUCUCAGGCUUGUUUGUGGUAAGGGAUGCGAUUCCUUUCCUUGGGUGGCUGGACUUGGGUUGCCAUGAGAAGGCCAUGAAGAAGACUGCAAAGGAAUUGGAUAGUAUCAUGGAAGAAUGGUUAGAGGAGCAUCGAAGGAAAAAAUAUUCUGUUGAAGAUGAAGCUAAAGGAGAUCAAGACUUCAUUGAUGUGCUGCUCUCUGUUCUUGAGGGUUUGGAUCUCUCAGGAUAUGAUGUUAAUACUGUCACUAAAGCAACAGCCCUGACUUUGCUUGUAGGGGGCACAGAUACCGUGACAGUGACAAUAACUUGGACUCUCGCACUAUUGCUGAAUAACCGCUAUGCUUUGGAGAAGGCUCAGGAAGAAUUGGACACCCAGAUUGGGAAGGGAAGACUAGUGAAUGAGUCGGACAUCAAUAAGCUAGUGUAUCUCCAAGCCAUUGUAAAGGAAUCACUACGCUUGUAUCCUGCUGGACCACUCGCUGGUGCACGCGAAUUCACCGAAGACUGCACUGUAGGUGGCUACCUUAUUCCCAAAGGCACCCGAUUGGUGGUAAACAUUUGGAAAAUGCAAAGGGACCCAGGAUUAUGGUCUGACCCAUUAGAGUUCAAGCCUGAGAGAUUUCUGACCAGCCACCAGGACAUUGAUGUUAAGGGUCAGCAUUUCGAGCUCAUACCAUUUGGUGCAGGUAGAAGGUCGUGCCCGGGGAUAAGCUUUGGCCUGCAAAUGACGCACCUUGUCCUGGCCACCUUCCUCCAUGGGUUCGACAUUUUGAAUCCAUCAAAUGAACCAGUUGACAUGACUGGGAGUCCAGGACUAACAAACAUCAAAGCCACCCCACUUGAAGUUCUUGUCAAGCCACGCUUAUCUCCUAGUCUCUAUCAAUAACCAUCUUCAAUUGCAAUCCACGUCCGUAGAUUUCUGUCUUUAGGUAAAGUUAAUCAAAAAGUCACAGAUUUUUCUAUGGUUCCCAGUCAAUAGAAGGUUUGCUUUCAUAGAACACUCUGCCAAACAGAGUCCUCCAGUGGCUGUGCCUGUGUUCUUUGAAAUAUCCUUUUGUAUGCUUGUUUAAUGACUCUACUUGCUUUAUUCGCAUCUAGCAUUUCUAUAUUCCGUCCCCUUAAAUUCAGCCAUGUUUUCUGGUU